AUGACGAAAUACACCUCUGUCAACUCCUCGCUCCCUUCGUUGCCACGGCAGACCACACCCACUCGGCCAGCCACACAGACGGGCCGAUGGGAUCGGAUGGGAAUGCAGACGGGAAACACCCCCUCAUCGCCCCUUGGCUUCGAGACUAAGGGGUCGCUUAACGGCUCUCCGACGCUGCGCACCACACUAGACACUAGUCUUAGUGGCACAAGAAGCCACCCAGCCCUACGAGCCACGCGAUGGAUGAUGGGGGUUAACGAUAUAGAUUCGAUACAGGGUGACGAAGAUCAUCCCCACGAUCCAGGCCCCGACAGCGAUGCCAAAAAAAGAUGUGCUUCGGGCAAGGCACCAAAGGACCGGCCGACCAGUUCCGUCGCAGUGGCGUCAACCAUCCGCCCUCCAUGUUGCGGCUAG